CUUUGAGGGAGAAGGUUUUCUUGAUGACGAGAUGAAUGUAGCAAUCGAUAACGUCACUGUCACGACUGAGAACUGUUCCUUAAGACCUUACUUUGCUGAACCAGAUUUCAGGUGUAGCGAUAAGCAGUUUACAUGCCAAAAUGGCGAAUGUGUCAAGAAGAAUCUGUUAUGUGACGGCGACUUUGCAUGUAAAGAUAAAUCAGACGAAGACGAUUGUGGAUGCCCUUCCAGCAUGUUUCGCUGUCAGGGGGGAGGAUGCCUCCUGGUAACAGAUGUGUGCGACGGAAAAAUCGACUGCUCUAACGGAGAUGAUGAAAAUAAUUGCCGAAAUCCGUGCCCGUCUAGUCAUCAUUGUGUUGAUGGGUCUUGUAUUUCGUGGUCAAAAACAUGUACUCAAACAGCUUUCUGCAGGGACGGAACUAAUACACCUUCUGUAUGUGGGUCUGGAAAGUGCCACCUUAAUAAUUUAGCAUGUACCUCCACCGGGCCCACAAGAUGUGAAUCUUUCAGAGGUCUUUGCAGUUUCCAAAAUGGACUGUGCGGAUUGAAAUCUGAUGGGAAUGCCACUUUCCACUGGACCCUGGACUCAGGCCAAACACUAACAGAAAAUACUGGACCGUGCUAUGAUCACACCUCGUUUGAUAAAGAUGGUAAGAGAAGUCACAAACUUAAAAAAAAUUGUAACGUAAAAAACCAAUGACAAAUUUCUCUAACGAGCGAUUAGGGGUAUUAUUUGCUAAGGCUAUUGUCGUUAUCAAUUUCAAGCAGUUAGGUAAUUCCCCUGAAAUAAAACUGCCA